CCUGUUGAACGCUGGGAAGUGUCAGCUGCCCAGUUUAGCUUUGUGUGUCGGGCGUCUCUCACUGUUUCUGUACAGUUUUUUUCUUUUCCCUUGUGAGUUACUUUAUGAUCACAUUACUACUCACGCAGAGCGCGUCAGUCAAUCUUUUACUCUUUAAAAUGGACAGAUGGAGACAGUAAGGAACACAUCCCGCACUAAAAACAUUGCGUGCAAGCAACAAAAGUUCAAUUUUAGAGGAUUCUUCGAUUAACCAAACCAAUUCCUUAUUUGACUCAGGAGUUCUAGUCUGUUAUUUCUUCUUGCUACUACGACUAGUGGUGGCGUGUGUCUGUGCGUGUAUUUUGUAGCUACACAUGUCCAAGUCUCGCGUGACUACACGGAACGAGAUCUUACUUCCCACUUCCUGCUAGCAUUGGAGGGAAAAAACAUUGAAACUAUCUUUCCCAAUGUUGCACCAGGAGAAAUGUUGACCAUCAAAAAACUCAUGAAGGCUGAAUUCUAAGAUUAUUUUUUUGUUUUCUGCUAGUAGUUUGUGCACAUGUUCAAAGGAAACAAUUUGCUGUGACUUGCAGUGCCUUGAAUGGGGAGACAGAAACCUUGGAUACAUUCGCACAGAGUAGAUCGAGUGUCAAAUUAGCGCUUUGUGACUUCCGGUGAAUGCUAGGACUUAAAGGAUGUUCUAAACUCAAGUCUGGCGGUCACAGAAAGUGAUCAGAAAACAAGAAAACUGGAGAAUAAAGAAAAUAAAGGUGGGAGACAAUUUGUCGACUAUCUGAAAAUUCGAAGAAGUCGCAUGAUUAUGGAGACAGACGAGGAUGAUUACUUCCUUGAACCUGAAUACGGCUACGAGGACCUGACCUUCCUGGAGGCCUGCAUGGACAAUGACCUUGACGCCAUAGCCGCUAUAGUGGACGACAAUCCAACAGAAGAGGAGAUCAAUGAACGCGACCGUUGUGGACGGACUGGACUCUCUCACCUGUGUUCCGCUGGACUAACACCUGCACUAGAGAUGCUUAUAGACGUACCUGAAGUGGACGUCAAUCUGCCAGACAAAGAAGGAAACACACCUUUAAUCCUGGCAGCUCAAGCAGGACACACAGACGCUGUCAGACUUCUGCUGCAAGAUUUCAAAGGGAUAAGAAUUGACCAGCCCAACAGACUCGGAAUGACGGCAUUAAUGAAGGCAGCCAUUCAGGGCAGGACAGACUGUUCCAGACUUUUGUUGUACGCAGGGGCAGAUCCUAAACUAAGAGAUCAAGGUCGUAAACUGUGUGCAGAGGAAUGGGCAGCUUACUGUGGACGAAGAGAUUGUGCAGACGCCAUUGCCAAAUUCUCAAACAGCAAGAGCUUCUAUUUAAAGUCAGUAGAGGCCGAGAGGACGAGUCAACGCUUAGAGAGGUCAAACUCCCUGCCCGAACUGGCCAAAGAGGAAGUGCCAGGGCCCAAGCCUCAACACAAGCGUGCGUCACUCAGAAAAAAGAUCAAGAAAAAACUGCAAGGUACAACUACCCCCUCCAGUGAUGCCACCAACAAACUCACUGUCUCUCCAGGCUCCAGAAGCCCCUUCGCCGUAAUCGCCAGAUGCGUCUCAACCCCUGUUCUUCCCGGUGCCAUGAACUCGGGUGCCGGGGGCGCCGGUGGGGUAGCAGGAUCGCUGCAGCGGCCGGUGAGCGUGGAUAACAUCCCCAGGGUGGAGGUAACAACAGCGCCCAUGGAGGAGGGAGGGGAACACAAUCAAGCCUCCAGUACUGGCAAAAUCUCCCGGUCGCGGCGCCGGCUGCAGCACAGUCACAGCUCUUCAAACGUGAGUCCUGAAGCGAGCACCUCGAGGGAUACCGGCCUCAGCAACAUUCCAGCUAGUCCAGCCCAGACUUUCACAGAAGAAUACAUUACAGUCACGUGAUAUUGGAUUAUUUAAAUGUGAUUAUCUCUUUUGACCUAUGACCUCCCAAUUUCUACCAUUCACAAGUUCAUUGUUAAAUCACACACCGACAUCUUUCACAUCCGGCACGCCCUAUUCCCUGACUCAGCUGCAAAUAUUUAGCGCCCACGGUAUCUGUGUUAUAUUUUCUCCAAUUUUAAACUGUGUUUUUUUAUCUUCUGUGUUUCUGGAGUUUUACUCAGCAACCAAAUAUUUUUAAACUUGUGUUGUUUUUCUAUUUAUUAUUACUCUUCAACUUUCAAAUUUUCGCUGUAUUUAAAUUGUUGUAAUAAAUACAAUAAUGGCAAACAA